AUCGCAGGCACCGUAGAUCAAACGCUAAUUCUGUUUUGAGACAAUUAUUAAGCUAGCUGCUCUCACACUGUGACUAAAUAACGCUACUGUACAAGGUAAACACAGCAAGAGUUUGUGUGAUGGUUUUGACUCGAAGAUGACCUGCAGCCUGAGCGUAUGACCGACAGAAAAAUUUCCACCAAGCAGGUCAAGAUUGAGGUUCCACACAGGGAGACCCAUGCUUUCUGAUGAGCUUGACUCCAAACCAGAGCUGCUGGUGCAGUUUGUACAGAACGCGUCCAUCCCGUUGGUGCAGGGUCUGGAGGACUCCGAGUCCAAACACUCGUGCCUGCCUCUGCUGGCUCCAGCUGAGAGCUCACUGUGCAGCCCGCUGGAGCUCACAGAUGGAGGCCUGAGCCAUGAGCCUGAGAGUUCUCCCUCCCUGUCAGAGUUCGGAGGUGUGUCAGAGCGGAGCCCUUUAGUGGUGCAGACACACUCUCACCCACGGGCCUCACCCAGCUCCCCACCCAUCCUCCAUGACUUACAACAGUCAGACAGCACUUCCUAUGUCCUGCUGAACCUUGCAAAAGGCAUCACAGCCUCCUCAGAGUCCCUGAUCUUCGCUGCAGAUGGCGCCGGGGAGGAUGACGUUGAGGGGGUCUCAUCAGGGGACUAUGGGAUAGAUGGCAGUGCUCCCUGGUAUCUGCGGGUACAGGAGCUGGCACACGACAGCCUCAUUGCCGCCACGCGGGCACAGCUUGCGAGAGAUGCCAAGGCCAGCCAGGACGCCAGAGCUGCAAGUGUCAGUAACGGUGACCACACGCACAGUUUGACAGCAGACGGGGACAAGCGAGAGCUACCGUCUCUGACCAGCCGGCCCCUCUCCAAGCAGAUCCUCCGCUGCUCGUUCGAAGGCUGCUGUAGGACGUUCACGUGGCCGGCUCAUCUCAAAUAUCACCUCAAAACACACAGGAAUGACCGAAUGUUCAGGUGCGGCGCAGAGGGCUGCGGCAAGAGUUUCUACGUGCUGCAGAGGCUGCAGGUUCACAUGAGGACUCACAACGGCGAGAAGCCCUUCAUCUGCAAGGAGAAGAACUGUGGCAAGAAGUUCACCACCGCUGGAAACUUGAAGAACCACAGACGCAUACACACAGGAGAGAAGCCUUUUCUAUGCGAAGCAGAUGGUUGUGGGCGAUCCUUUGCAGAGUAUUCCAGUCUACGAAAACACAUGCUCGUCCAUUCUGGCGAGAAGCCUCAUCACUGCGGGAUCUGCGGGAAGACUUUCUCUCAGUCCGGCAGCAGAAACGUCCACAUGAGGAAGAGGCAUGGAGAGGAGGGGCUCAGCAGUGAAAGCAGAGAAGCAGGAGAGGCUCUGACACAAAGCAGCCUGCUGGAGGCAGACGGUGAGAGCGGAGAUAGUAUGGUCACCAUGACAACGACCGUGGAACCCAUGAAUCUUCAUCAUGCUAUGUUGAGAUCACCAGGCUCUGCAGACUCAGUGGUAGUUCUCUCUCAGCCUCAUGAGCUGGUGACCAUGACGACAGAAGGCCAUACAUACGGAGAGGAUGUGGUGGCGCUGCUGUAGUCUGCCGUAACAAACCUCACACACUGCCUA